CUUUAACACAGAAAGAUAUAAUUGUACUUUGUUUUUUUCCAAAACAUUUCCAUUGAUAAAAACAAUAAGAAAUUAAUAAACAUUUCUCUUUUGUAGAAAAUAAAUUACAUAUAUCAACGUUAAAAUCACCAUCAUCAUCAUCACACCAUCAUUAUGGAAAGAACAUCAAAGUUAUUAAAUAAUUUACGAUUUCGACGAUCAAUAUUUCGUUCACAAAUGCAUAGACUAAAAAUUACAUCUAUCAUAUUAAAUGUUAUAUUGAUAUUUAUCGGUUUAAGUAUAUUCGCAGUGGUAUUAUCUGCUAUCAGUUAUCCAAUGUGGUUGAAAAUGUUCAUUUCAUUGCAAAAAAUUACAAUUAGCUAUGCUAUCAUUAUAUGGAUUUUAUUAUUCUCGAUUGCUUCAAUCACUUUAGGCAUCAUUGGAAUAUUUGCUAUUCAUCGUCAGGCAACAUUGAUUUUAGGAUUACAAAUAUUUGCUUUGGUGUUCUUAGCUGUAUUAGAAGCAGGCAUUCUUUAUACUAUUCUGUCACAAUGGUUAAGACAUUUAGAAGUUGGUAUAACAUUUGCAGUACAAAUGUUUCAACCUGGAUCAGAAAAUCAAACAGUUAUGGCUAAUAUACAAGAAGCUCUUCAUUGCUGUGGCAGAGGAUCUUAUGGAGAUUAUGGAGUAGCCAAUGAAGCUAUACCAAUACAUCAUGUUCCAUAUUCAUGCUGUGAUUUACAAACCUAUACAACAGAACAUUGUAAUAAUGCAUCAACUUUACCGAAAAGUAAACUAUCUACAACAGCACAAUCAACUGAAAUGAAUAAACUUAUCUAUGUUAUCCCGAAUAGUUUAGCCUAUAGAGAAGGUUGUGUCGAUCGAUUACAAUAUGUCUUUUUACCAGUAGUUAUUGGCUGUUUCUGUCUACUUAUAUUUAUCAAUAUCUUAGUAACACUAAUCAAUUGUUGUUAUGUACAAAAGGCAGCAGAUGAAGAAGAGAUUCAAAGUACAUGGCUUGAUUCACAAAAUUUUAUUAAAGGAGCAACAGAAGCCUUCUGCCUCCGACCUCAAAUAGAAUCGGAAGUAACCAAAGAUACUUCAGUAUCAAACUUUUCUGACUUAUCAGUAUUUCAAAGGCAAUUAUCACGUAGGCGAACUAGUUCCAUACCAUCGGAAAAGCAAUAAAAAUAACACUUUGUUUCUCAUUCUUUCCUGUAAAUUAACUGAAUCCCUUUUAUAUAGAUUACUAAUAAUUUCAUUGUAAAUCUAUCUUACAUUGAAAAUGAAUUCCGCAAAUAAGUAGUAUAAACAAAGCGGAUUAUAUAUAUUCACUUCCUGUGAAUUCAUCACUCUCAUUAUUGUCUUUGUAUCUGUUGUUUUAUUUCACUACCUAAAUCAACAAAUUACUGAGUUCAUACUGAGUUCCUUUCUGUACACGUUAUUCAUGAAAAUAUUCUUUUCGCUAAUUGUGCUUACAUCCAAAUCUUGUUGUUGUUGUUUAUUUCAAAUGUAUAUCAUCAUUUUAAUUUGUUCGCGCCAUUUUAUCGUUUUCUUUUUUUGUUUCUUCUUGUUUUCAUUUGUAUUUCUACAGUUCAUUGUCGACAAUUAAAUAGUAAUCAUUGAAUGACUUUUACUCUUGAUACUACUUUAUUCACAAAUAAAGUGGUUUUCAAAUGAUAUGUGUAAAUAUUUUGUGAAUAAACAAGAAAAAAAAGAGCAGUAAAUUUAUUUU